AUAGUUUUCCCAUUUGAGAGACAAAAAUGGAAACAAUUUAUGAGACAAUCUAGAAGUGAUAGAAACAAAAAUCCAAGAAUCAAAGAAAUAAAGAAAUUCAAAAGCAAAACGCAAAACCCAUCAAAUCAUCAGUUCACAAUUUACAGAAAGAAUUAAAACCCACAAAAAUCAGUCGACAAAUCGUAUUUAGACACUCACCUCUUAAACACCCAACAACCGCUGUAAUACAUUUAACUAUAAAUUAUUCUUUGUUUAAUUUGGGUCUGAAGUCAUCAUCAGCCAUCAAACCUCGUCAGAUCCAAAUUCAGCCUCAAAUUAACUGCCCAACUUCUCUUCUUUUGUUUGAUUCUUUUGUAAUGAAAUGAGAUUAUGAACUCAGCUAAGGACUGAAUGUGGAUGAGUUAGUUUGAUUUCUGAACUCAAAACAGCAUCAGUAUUUAUACCCAUGUCUGCAAAUUUUGUUCAACUCAUGGUUCGUAGUAAUUGGUCAGCAUUGUCUUGGAGAUAAAAAGAAAAACAAGAGAGAAAAUGAGGCUGAGGAACAAAUUCAGAAAAUCAACAGCUUUCCCUUGCAAUGCAGGAAGCAGAUGUUCGAUGUCUGCUGUGGUCUGGAGCUUGGUCGGAUUUUUAAUUUUUCUUCAUUUAUACUCCCUUGUUGGUCACACCAGUGCCGGAAAAGGUGGAGAAAUUCAAUUUCGUGCCACUCAUCGUCCUCUUAUCCGUGAACUUGAAGAGGUGGAAGAGGAAAAUAUCCAAAUUCCUCCACCGAGAAAAAGAUCUCAACGUGCUGCCAAAAGAAAGCCUUCCAAGAGGUCAACCUCGUUGAUUGAUGAAUUUCUUGACGAGAAUUCCCAACUUCGACACAUUUUCUUUCCUGGUAUGAAAAGUGCUAUUGAUCCGAUGAAUGAUGCUGGCAACAAUAGUUUGUACUAUUAUCCUGGGAGAAUUUGGCUGGACACCGAGGGAAAUCCUAUUCAAGCUCAUGGGGGAGGUAUUCUAUACGAUGAGAGGUCGAAGACUUAUUAUUGGUAUGGAGAGUACAAAGACGGACCUACUUAUCACGCUCACAAAAAAGGAGCAGCACGGGUUGACAUUAUCGGUGUUGGUUGCUACUCCUCCAAAGAUCUGUGGAAAUGGAAAAAUGAGGGGAUUGUAUUGGCAGCAGAAGAGACAGAUGAAACCCAUGACCUGCACAAAUCUAAUGUGCUCGAGAGGCCAAAAGUGAUAUAUAAUGAUCGGACUGAGAAGUAUGUGAUGUGGAUGCAUAUUGACGAUGCCAACUAUACUAAAGCUUCCGUUGGUAUUGCUGUUAGUAAUUCCCCCACUGGUCCUUUUAAUUACCUCCGAAGCAAAAGACCCCACGGAUUUGACAGCAGAGAUAUGACAAUAUUUAAAGAUGAUGAUGGUGUUGCUUAUCUUAUAUAUUCCUCAGAGGACAAUAGCGAGCUUCACAUGGGACCUCUUACGGAUGACUAUCUCGAUGUCACCCCUAUUAUGAGAAGGGUCCUCAUCGGACAACACCGGGAAGCCCCUGCAUUGUUUAAGUAUCAAGAGACUUAUUACAUGAUCACGUCCGGGUGCACCGGAUGGGCACCAAAUGAGGCCCUAGCACAUGCAUCCGAGUCGAUUAUGGGGCCAUGGGAAACUAUGGGAAACCCGUGUAUCGGAGGUAACAAAAUGUUUCGACUGACAACAUUUUUUGCUCAAAGCACAUAUGUGAUUCCAUUGGCAGGGAUUCCGGGUUCUUUUAUUUUCAUGGCAGAUCGGUGGAAUCCCGCUGACUUGAGGGACUCGAGAUAUGUAUGGUUACCGUUGAUAGUUGGCGGACCUGCCGAUCGGCCUCUCGAGUUUAAUUUUGGAUUCCCAGUAUGGCCAAGAGUAUCUUUAUACUGGCAUAGAAAGUGGAGGCUUCCUUCUGGAUGGAGAGGGUUAAAAUGAGAGGUUUUUGCAUCUUAUUUAAUGUAUAAUUAGUGAAAUGAUGUUUGCUUAUUCAUUAUAAUUGGCUUAAUAAAUUUUGAGAAGCCUUUACUUUUACAUUUAGGUGAUGUUAAUAUUAGGCAGGAGGAUUCUCAUGUUUGUUGGAAGAAGUAAUUCCUGAGAGUUGGAAAAUUUGGCAAUAAUAAGCAUUACUCCACACUGUGUAUAACAAUUACUAAAAAUGUUACUUAUAUCAAUUUUGACAAUGAUUUGAAGAAUUUUAUUAUAA